AUGGAGCUCCACAGAAGAUGUGAAAGUAACCCAAAUACUUCAAUAGAAAAUGGGGGUUGUUCACCGCCCCCCAAAAUGACAGGUAUAGCAAGGGCAGCAGCAGCAAUGCAAGCUUCCCCACAUUGUCCUGCCAAUGUUCCUCAACCCAGUUCUGAAGAGGUCACUUCUGGAGCUGAUAUUAUUUCUACAGUUGAGUUCAACCACACUGGAGAACUGCUGGCUACUGGUGACAAGGGGGGUCGGGUUGUUAUAUUCCAAAGGGAACCUGAGAGUAAAAAUGAGCCUUACAAUCAGGGGGAGUACAAUGUUUACAGCACUUUCCAGAGCCAUGAACCUGAAUUUGAUUAUUUGAAGAGCUUGGAGAUAGAAGAAAAAAUAAACAAGAUCAAGUGGUUACCACAGCAAAAUGCAGCUCACUCACUUUUAUCAACAAAUGAUAAAACAAUCAAGUUAUGGAAAAUUACAGAAAGAGAUAAGAGACCAGAGGGGUACAACUUAAAAGAUGAAGAAGGAAAACUUAAAGAUCUUUCUACAGUAACAUCACUGCAGGUGCCUGUAUUGAAACCUAUGGAUUUGAUGGUAGAAGUCACUCCCCGGAGAAUCUUUGCUAAUGGUCACACCUAUCAUGUCAACUCAAUAUCCGUCAACAGUGACUGUGAGACAUACAUGUCAGCGGAUGAUCUCAGGAUUAACCUCUGGCAUUUAGCAAUCACAGAUAGGAGCUUCAACAUUGUAGAUAUAAAGCCAGCCAAUAUGGAGGACCUGACGGAAGUGAUUACAGCCUCGGAGUUUCAUCCCCAUCACUGCAAUCUCUUUGUCUACAGCAGCAGCAAAGGAUCCCUGAGACUCUGCGACAUGAGGGCAUCGGCUCUCUGUGACAAACAUUCCAAGCUUUAUGAAGAACCGGAAGACCCCAGUAACAGAUCAUUUUUUUCAGAAAUUAUCUCUUCAGUGUCAGAUGUCAAAUUCAGUCACAGCGGUAGAUACAUGCUAACAAGAGAUUACCUCACUGUCAAGGUUUGGGAUCUGAACAUGGAAACAAAGCCCGUAGAAACGUACCAGGUCCAUGAUUACCUUAGGAGCAAGUUGUGUUCUCUCUAUGAAAAUGACUGCAUCUUUGACAAGUUUGAAUGUGCAUGGAAUGGAUCAGACAGUGUGAUAAUGACAGGUGCAUAUAACAACUUUUUCCGAAUGUUUGACCGAAAUACCAAGCGGGAUGUUACCUUGGAGGCGUCCCGAGAGAGCAGUAAACCACGAGCUAUUCUUAAGCCCCGGAGAGUCUGCGUCGGAGGCAAACGGAGGAAAGAUGACAUCAGUGUUGACAGUUUGGACUUUACUAAGAAGAUCUUGCACACAGCGUGGCACCCAACUGAGAACAUCAUUGCUAUAGCAGCGACAAACAAUCUGUACAUAUUUCAGGAUAAAGUGAACUCAGAAAUGCACUAG